GUUGUUUAUACCGUAGUAUAUGUUUAACAAAUAUGUGCUUAUUUCACAAGAGUGGUCAAAUGAGUGAUCUCGUGGAAGAAAACUGCAAGAAAAGCUAUUCUUCCCAGGAAACAUCUGCAGGAAAAAAUAUGUCUCCUGCUGAGGACCGCUCAAUAAGACACAAAAAUGUGCAAAAACUCGAGAAACAAUUAAAAUGCUUAGCCUUUCAAAAUCCAGGACCUCAGGUAGCUGACUUCAAUCCUGAAACUAGACAGCAGAAAAAGAAAGCAUGCAUGUCACAGAUGAAACAAAAUUUUUUUUAUGAGUCCAAAUUUACAAAGAAGUAUGACAAACAUGGCAGGCUGCUCUGUAAUGACAUAGAUUUAUGUGAUUGCCUGGAAAUGGACUGCCUGGGUUGCUUCUAUCCUUGCCCCAAAUGCAACUCGAACAAAUGUGGGGCAGAAUGUCGCUGCAAUAGGAAAUGGGUUUAUGAUACAAUUGAGACUGAAGCUGGGGAUGUGAUCAGUGAGCUACCAUUUUUUGUCCCUGACUGAUUAUGUUCUGUUAGGUUUUGUGCCUGAAUAUUGUUCUUUUAAAUUCAUGUUUUAUUAAAGUAAAUCACCA